AUGGCGGCCCUCAAACUUUUUUCGCUCGCCUCUGCGUCUGUGCUCGUGAUGGCUAACGCUGUCCAUCAAACCGCAAAGGAAAGUCCAUUGACAACGAAAGCAGUAACCGCAACCUACACUGUAAAUCUUGGGAAUACGGGAGAGUGCCUCGCUGAAAUCAACGCUGCACGCGAAGCCGCUGGACUCGCGCACUUCCAAGUGGCCAAGGAAGAGCAACACCAGUGGCCUAAGACUGAUAUAGAGGAACCCGAAUCUUCGCAAGCUAGUCCCUGGAAGCCUGUUUGUGACGCUCUGAUUGCAGAAGACACAGAACAACAAGGAGGCGAAUUAGAGGAAAAUGGAUUUGAAAGUGGCACAUACGCCUUCAUGGCCUUGGAAUCGGCGACGCCCGACUGUGCCGCCGCAGUGAAGCACUGGAAGGACGCCGUCAGCAACUUCACUACAAUCCCUCCGCCGAAGAAUAAAGAACCAGAACUCUACGCCAAACAGCAGAACGUUUCCCUUAUCGCUCUGUACAACCCUUCAGAAAAUGCCGCUGCUGACUGCCGAGUCGUUACCUGCACUCGACCGGGAGCUUCCGACAACUCACAAUCCAACUUCCGGAGUACUGCGGAAGAGAAGAAAGGCUAUGCUCUACUGUGCAUGACAACACCUGAAGCACUUGAAGACGACGAAGCUCCCUUCACGGACGAGCAGUGGAACAAGAUCAAGGCAUCUAUCACAGGUUCUGCCUCUGCUGUUGCCCCGAGUCUGCUGGCCGUUGUUGUUGCGGCCGUUGGCUUGUUGGCCCUUUAA